CAGGGCCGGGCAGCCUGAACGGCCAGCUGCCGGGACAGCGCACCCAGCCAGCCCACGCCUGAUCUUCUUGUCUCCUUCAGAACGCCAUGGGGCUCAGCGACGCAGAGUGGCAGUUGGUUCUGAAUGUCUGGGGGAAGGUGGAGGCUGACCUUGCUGGCCACGGGCAGGAAGUCCUCAUCAGGCUCUUCCAUACUCACCCUGAGACCCUGGAGAAAUUCGACAAGUUCAAACACCUGAAGUCGGAGGACGAGAUGAAGGCGUCCGAGGACCUGAAGAAGCACGGGAACACGGUGCUCACCGCGCUCGGGGCCAUCCUCAAGAAGAAGGGGCACCACGAGGCGGAGAUCAAGCCCCUGGCCCAGUCGCACGCCACCAAGCACAAGAUCCCCGUCAAGUACCUGGAG